UUUACUCAUGUAAAAACACGUUGAUUCCCGGACCGUCCGCGGCCCGGAUUUAGAUGAUGAUUGGGUCGCAUCCGUCCCCCGGGCCUUAGUUUGGGGUCCCUGUCCUAAAGCAUUUUAUUUUAAAAAUCUAAUUUAAAUUUUUAAAUCUGAUUUUUUUUAAAAAAAAUCAUUGAUUUUUAUCCACCCUGCUUUAAAAGAGGAUGAGAAUCAUUCAUGGGGGAUACCAGUUUCUGAAAACCACCGGGGGGGGGGGGGUGCCGUUGCGCUCAGGUCCUUCUUUGCAGUUUUCACACAGGCAACUGGUAAGUGGGCCACAGGCCUGACCCAACAGGCUUGCCUCCUGAGGAUACUGCUCUUUCUGUAACUGGAUGCUUGCUUGGAGAUGGGAGGUGAACUGGAAGCAGUAGGAAAGAUGAGGUGCCAUGGGUGUCUCUGGUGGGCUCCCUUGUAGGAUGUGGGUGGCUUGGCAUGGGCCCAAUGAGCUGUCUUAGAAAGGAGUCAGGCGCCAGGCGCAUUUCACAUCUGGUGCGGGUCUGAUUGCAACCACGUGGAGAUCUCUGCAUACCAGGUUGGCGACUUGGGAAACAAAAUGUCAAGAGGAGGAUCUGAAAUAUUUUCCUUGAAGCUUGAAUUUGUUGUAUUGUGGAUUGUCUGAUUUGAUGUUUUAAGGUGUUGUAAACCGCUUUGAGAUUUGUUCUUUAAAAUAUAAAGCGGUAUAGAAAUUGAAUGAACCAUCGUCUUCAUUGUCAUCAUCUCCGUUGCACAAAAAAACCCCAGCACCUAAACAUCUCAUGGUGGUGACUGCAACCUAGAUUUAAGGUGCCAUUUGACAAUUGUUGUUGUCGUUUAGUCAUUUAGUCGUGUCCGACUCUUCGUGACCCUAUGGACCAUAGCACGCCAGGCACUCCUGUCUUCCACUGCCUCCUGCAAUUUGGUCAAACUCAUGUUCGUAGCUUCGAGAACACUGUCCAACCAUCUCGUCCUCUGUCAUCCCCUCCUCCUUGUGCCCUCAAUCCUCCCAGCAUCAGGGUCUUUUCCAGGGAGUCUUCUCUUCUCAUGAGGUGGCCAAAGUAUUUGACAAUUAGAUUAUAUCUCUGAGUUUCUAACACUGCCAAUGAGGCCAACAGCCGAAGCCAGCCCUGGCUGCGAUUUGAGAAAAACUAUGAAAAGUUUUUUUGUUCUCUGAAGAUUGCCAACUUGUUUGUAUGGGUGUGUUCUCUACAAUAGAGACACCUGGUUCUCCUUAAAAUGCUUUAUCCUAGCAGAGUCUGCCAGCUUAAAGAGUUGGCAGUCUUCGGGGGGGGGGAUCUUUAUUCUUUGUGUAUGAACCAAAUCAAGAUCUGCACUGAAAAGAAGGAAGGCGAGUGAGAAGCACACAGUUGCUUGUUUUGCCAUGCUCACAAACCCAGGUUCUUUGUGAGCAAAUGGAUCAUAGGUAACCGUGAGCCACUUUUCCUGGGUAACGCCCAAGAAUUUUUGAAACAAUCCUUUCUAAAUUGCCCACAAGGAUGCCUUUCUAUUAUCUCAUGAUAACGUAAACCAAAGCUCCACUUAGUCAAACAUAUUUCCCUCUGUGACCAGUUGGAUGCCUCCAGGAAGCCUGCAAUCAGUGUUUGAAAUCAAUUGCCCCAACGGUUGUUGCUCCCCAGAAAUUGAAAUUAAGAGGUAGACUGCCCCUGAAAACAGAGGUUCUAUUCUCAGCUGUUGUAAUGCUGGGGAGCCCAGUCCAUAGUUUAUGUGUGUUUCUUUUCACCAGGCUCUGGAGCAGUUACAGACUAGGUCUUGCACACCAGCUCUAGAGACACCAGGCCCUGAAGCAGCUGAAUUUGUAGAUUUCUGGUGGGCUUUUCCCUCAUGCCUCAUGUUUGUUAUAAACGAAGUAUUUUGGUCGCUGUCAUUCGUACCAAGAAUAUGUGCCAAGAAUAUGGCAACAAGAGAUUUACAAACUCACAUGGACUUUGGGAUGUUGGCUGAGGUCUACUUCGUAGACAAAAGCCUCCGUAUGCCUGCUCAUAAGAUAAUAAGUUGUGUAAAUGUCCUUAUUUCGUCUUUCUGCUUUGUAUAAGAUGAAAAAUGGAAAACUAAACCUGCUAUGGUUGCUCCCUCUGACUUUCCCUCAACUGAUGCUCCUGUUUCCCACACAACCUUAGGGCUCUGUUGGGAUGAAUGGAGCCAGAGACUGGACAUUUUGUUCUGUGCUGUGCUAUGGCAAUGGAAUGCAACACAGUGAAAUAUGCUCUGGGUUUGUUUGUUUUCGGAAAAGUGCUUUUAGACUCCUGCCCCCCGCCAAAUUCAUUAUGAAUUGUUUCCCAAUACUCUUUUACCCUUUUACAGAUCCACCACAUAUGAAUGAACAUAUGUUCUUGCAAAGACAAUUCUCUGGCUUCGGGUGCAGGUUGAUGCAAGGUGCAGUUUUUCAGUCCUGUUUGAGUUGAAUAAAAUAUUUGGGGGGGGGGCAGGUAAGCCAUGCCUUGCAUAACCGAUCAUAUGACUCAGUGAAUGCACAUCAUUUGAAUGGCAAUGCCCAUCUAACAACCACUAUGGUUGGCAUCCGUAUCUAAAUUACGAUAAAUCUAAAGUGCAUAAAGGUUUCACUGACCACAUAGUAAGAAAUACCUUAUUUAAGGUUUGGGAAAAAUACAAAAGACUGAUGGAACUUAAGACCCCUCGAUGGAUAUCUCCAUUAGAGGCAAAGGCCGUAAAGAAGAAAAAAGUAUGAGAGGAAACUGGCUAACAUAUAAUUCACAACUGAUAGAAGAUGGUAGCCAAAUUAAGCUUAGAAAAUAUGAGGAAAUUACAGAUCAGCUCUCAGGAUGGCUAUCAUAUCAUCGCCUCCACGAGACCGUUAGACAGGAUAAAAAGAAUGGAUAAUAAUAAUAAUAAUAAUAAUAAUAAUAAUAAUAAUAAUAAUAUAUUAUUUAUACCCCGCCCAUCUGGCCGGGUCUCCCCAGCCACUCUGGGCGGCUUCCAACAGAAGAAUAAAACACAACAAUCUAUUAAACAUUAAAAGCCUCCCUGAACAGGGCUGCCUUCAGAUGUCUCCUAAAAGUCUGGUAGUUGUUUUCCUUUUUGACAUCUGUUGGGAGGGCGUUCCACAGGGCAGGCGCCACCACCGAGAAGGCCCUCUGCCUAGUUCCCUGCAACUUGACUUCUCGCAACGAGGGAACCGCCAGAAGGCCCUUGGUGCUGGACCUCAGUGUCCAGGCAGAAUGAUGGAGGUGGAGACGCUCCUUCAGUUAUACUGGACCGAGGAUUUGCUAAUGAGCCCUCGAGAUUUGAAAAGGAAUUAGUAAAUAACAUUAAGAUAAUAUCAAGGAUGUACCGACUCCUCCUUGACUUCCCAGGAGGAGGUUAAGGCAGUUGUUCUUCUUUGGCGAUCACUCAUGGCCGAGUAAGAUUGUCUUCCAUAAACACGGUUUUAACAAUGGGUCCGUAAGUGAAUGUGGAGGCCAAUUCUGGAUCCACACGUCCUUCCACAGUGGGGACAUAGGUUUCCAGGCAGGAGUUGAUCACGGUGUGGAUUUGCCAAGCGUGCCUUCCUCUUAGCACGUUUCUCCCUUGCGUCCUGAGAUUGAGUGUCUUCAAAGCCCAUGACACCUUUGGUAAAGGCAGUUGUGAUCAUACGGGCCCAGGAUAUAGGGUGCCCUAUAUUGCUGAGUGAGUGGGAAAGUGUUUGGAAUACAACUAAGAAGUUUACUACGUGUUACAACAUCAAAGAAAAUAUGCUAAAGAUGCAAUAUAGAUGGUACCUUACACCAUCAAAGCUCUCAAAGAUGUACAAAAACAUAGCGAACAACUGUUAGAGGUGUGGGGAAAGCAAUGGAGAUGGUGGUCAUGCAGACAGUGUCUCGUCUAUGAAGAGCUGAAAAAAAUUCUGGGGCUAACAUUCUUUAAAAAGCUAGAAGCCUUUCUGUUAAGUAUUCUAGGCAAUGAUAAACCAAUUUUUUUUAGAGAGAUCUUCCUUUAUGCCACAGCUGCAUCUCGAACGCGGGUAGCAAUGAACUGGAAAGAGUAAAAUGUCCCAACUAUAUCGGAUUGGCAAAGUAAGUUACAGGAAUAUGUAGAAGUGGCGCCAAUGACAAAUAGUUUGAGAGGCAACUCUAGGCAAGUAUUUGUUAAAAAAUGGGAUCAAUAUAAGGAAUAUUUAUGAAAAAAUAACAGCAGCAUAAUGUCUAAUGGCAGCAUUCGAAUGACCCUUGUUUAAAGACAAAUAUGAAGGGGGGGGGAGACAAAAGGUACAAAUUGCUGUAGGGAUGUAUUAGAAAAAACAAAGAAUAUGAUAAUAAUGAUAUGUACAUUCACUAUUAGAAUGAGAAUAUACACUGGGAAAUUAUAGGAAGUCUAAUUUUUAGUUUUUUAAACAAUUUAAUCUAUGUUACUAAUCAGGUAAGACAUUUAAUCUAUGUUAGUAAUUAGAUAAGAAUACAAGAGAUACUACAAAUGCAACCUAAGUUUAAGUUCUGUAAAUAAUGUGGAAUAUUAUUUGUACAUGGAUUUUGUUCAUACAGUUGUUUUAUUUUUGUAUAUUCAAGAAGAUGUGCAUCAUAUAUGUUAUGAGAUCUUCAAUAAAGCAAUAAAACGUGGGGUGUUUGUGUGUGGCCCUCUCAAAUAUAUUUUUUUUGGGGGGGGGCGGGUCUGAAGACCCCUCAGCCCCUAGGAGUUGGCUCCUAUGGCAGGAGGUUUUUGUUCAGCAGUAAGAAAAGGAGGACGUGAUGUUGGGAGAGUCCAGUCCAUGGUUUUGCAUGUUCCAGUUUGCCAGGUUUUGGAGCCGUUCCUGCCUGGGUCUUCCACACAAGCUCUAGAGAGGCCUUGAGGCAGCCUGAGGAUGUAAGGUAGAGCUUUCUGAUGAGCGUUUUUCUCAUGCCAAAUGUUUAUUUGAGUUUGUUAUAAAAAGUAUUUUGGUCACCCUCCUUGGUGCCAAGAGCACACCUUGCAGCUAUCAUGAUUUCAGGCAUCUGGGUGGACCCCAAAACGUUUUGUCUUCUCCUUUGCAAGAAGGUAAGGAAAGCUUUGCUGGGCCAGAGCAAAGACCCGCCGAGUUCCUCAUAUUGUUUCACACUGUGGCUGAUCAGGUGCUUAUGAGACGAAGCCCACAACCAGGAUGUGAAGGUAUUUCUAGAGAGGAAGGUGCAAGGAACCAGCUCAUAAACCUGAGCGUAAUGGUGCCAGCCAAGGGAGAUGCAAUCUUUCAGGGCUUGAUGUCGGGCCACUAUGUACUGGCAGCUUGGGGCAAAAAUACCUUUUGCAUGAGUAGUUCAGUAGGUACAGUGCCUACUUUUCUCCCCAUGCAUAUUAAGUGCAUACAGCCUGCGGCCUUGCCAUGGGCUCGCCUCAUUGCACAACAGGCCGGUGGCGCAACUGUGUUCUCAUAAGGAGAAAUGUGUGGCCCAAAGUUAUGCAACGAGCAGAACCAUUUUAAUAAAGUCGCAUUUUUCAAUGCAUGCAGGACUGCAGCAGGAAAGGGAACUGCCAAAAUAAAUGGCCCCAUGAGCUCUGACUCCGAGAGUGGAUGAUCUAUGGCAGGCAUCCCCAAACUUCGGCCCUCCAGAUGUUUUGGCCUACAACUCCCAUGAUCCCUAGCUAACGGGAUCAGUGGUCGGGGAAGAUGGGAAUUGUAGUCCAAAACAUAUGGAGGGCCGAAGUUUGGGGAUGCCUGAUCUAUGGGGUGGGUGGGGUAAACAGGAAAAGUGGGAUUCCUUUGAAUGAAUUCCAGGGCUUCCGACUACAGCAUGAUACGUCUCAGUCUGCAGGCAAUGGACUAUAGAUAUUGUGUGUCACACUUAACCCAGGCUGAGAGCCAGUGUGGUACCGUGGUUUGAGUUUUGGGACUAGGACCGGGGAGGCCAAGGUUCAAAGCCCCACGAAGCCAUGAAGUUUGCUGGGUGACCCCGGGCCAGUUCCUGGCAGCUUUCAGACCGCACUUUAUUCCAUUUUGAUAAUAGUUUUUAUUAGUUUUCAAUUACAAUCCAAUAAUAGCCUCAUUAUAACAAUGCCCAUUUAUAAUACAAUUAUUAAUACCAAUAGUUCAAAUACCGAAUCAAAUAAUUUAUAUAAGGUGCUAGAAUUGAUGGCUUGAUUAUUUGCUGUAUUUCUGCAUUCAAAAAUCUUAUUAACUUCCAUUACAUUCUGGUCAUCAUAAUAAUCCCUUGUACAACAACUGCAAUAUUAGUAACUUCUAUUCGUGUUGACACAUUAAAUGAUUUAUAAAACCACAAGUGAGGAACUCAAACUAUAUCCUUGUUCUUCCUGUGUGUUGCAAUUAUUCUGUCCGUGGUGCUUCUUCCCACACUUUAUUCUAUUUUGGCGAUAUUUCCUCAUCUGAGAAUUUCCACGUUUCACGUGAACUUUCUCACAAUGCCAAAGUCACUUCUGGAAACCUGGCCAAACUGAGUCGAAGUUUCACAUUUAUUUCUAUGUUAUUUGCUUACGGAAAACGUACGUUUGCAACCCAGCCGACUUGGGAAAUUGCGAGAGUUUUGAAAAUGGCAAUUUAUUGAAGUUUGGUGUGUUGGCAUUCCAACGUACAUUUCUUUCCUGCCAUUUAAAAUUUAGCAGUAUCUUGAUUUUCUUUUUUAAGCCACAAUUCCAUAACGGAAUGCCUAAUGCUUUGCAAAAGGAGCGUUAGAAUCUGGGAUAGAAACGCUGGCGUUAUAAGAAAAGAAAAAACCUAACAGAGCAAUCCCUGUGUGUGAAUGCACUUCCUGUCUCUGUCAGCCUACUUCCCCCCGUUUUAAAAAAGUGAAACGAAAAGCCACACAUACCUUAUUGGCCCAAAUAUAAGCCGCACCCGCAAAUAAGCCGCACCUUUAAAAUUCAAGGGGAGGGGGAAACCAAUACCCAAAUAUAAGCCACUCCCUUAAAAUUGGGCUACAGGCUGAAAAUUGCUGCGGUUGGUAGAAUUGUAACUUCGAGCCAAUUUAAGCCUUUGAUCUUGCAAGCCCGCAAAAGUUACUGUACAGUCGGUAAAAUGCAAAUCGCUCUUCAUUCGCUACAGUUCUGCAGGCGCUUCCACCCGUAAAUAGCAAAUGAACAGCCUCAAGCUUGCAAAUCGGCAAUAAAACACUUUUUUUGUUCUGUUUUACCGUACGUCUGUUUCAGCAGCGAUAUCAUAAAAGCUCAUUUUUGUAAGGUCACGAAUUUAAGCCGCACUUUAACUUUUCACGGUCGGAAUUUGGGAAAAAAGUGAGGCUUAUAUUCAGGCCAGUAUGGUACAAUCCUCCACACUUUGUUCACCCCCUGCUAAAAAAAACACACUCUGGUCCCUCCCAGAGAAGAAUGGCAGAUUAAGUUGAUGGACUAUGCCAAAAUGACAAAAAAGACCAGAAGAAUUAGAAAUCAGGAAGACCAAAAUUGUAAUAAGGAAUGGGGAAAAUAUAUAACUUGCCUUAAAUAUAUAUAUAUAUAUCACUUUAAUAUGUAACUUACCUUAAAAACCAUUGUAAACAAUUAAAAUUAUUAGUAGGAUUGGAAUAACACUUGUAGUUUAAUGUUGAAUUUUGGUUAUAAAGGAGAUUUAAUAGAUUUGGAUUAGUAGGCAAGAUGCAGGAGAAAAAGGUCAAUACAAGGACCCACGAAGGAGAGAAGGGAUAUCCAGGUGAUUCUCUCUUUUUAUGUUGUUCCGUUAAUUUUUCUUUUUGUAAAUUUCAAAAUCUGGAAAGACUAAAUAAAAUUUAUAAAAAACACACUCUGGAAAGGGUUUUUCAGGGUACAAAUAGAAAAGAUGUGUGGGAAGAUGUGGGACGGAUUUUCCUGUGUGAAAAGCAUUUAGCAGGGAGGGUUAGUUUGUUGGGAGUGAAUUAACUCCACACUCUUUUAUCAGUAUUCCCCCCCCCCAAAAAAAACAGAUAUCUUUCCUCCUUGUCUUCUGUUCCCUCUCUUGAGCUCAAUAUAUGGCCAUUGUCUGGGCAGGGGGGCAGGAUGGAAGGGAAGAAAGGGUUGCACCUUUAUUGAUUGUGCAGAAGAAUUUCACCUGCUGAAAGGCCUUUUGCACCUGGCUACCCCUUUCUAUGGACACCUGUGUGUUUUCCCCAUGGGACGAACAGCAGUGUGUGUGUGUGUGUGUGUGUGUGUGAGAGAGAGAGAGAGAGAGAGAGAGAGAGAGAGAUGAUUAUAAUUAUCAUCUUGCACAGAUUCAGCAUGCAGGUUUCCACUUCAACUCCCCAGAUAUAUUUUUCAGACACACUGUUUUGCCGCAGUUAAUAGUUCCAAUCCUGCGGCGCAUACAGCUAAUCUCGGUUUGUUCUUUGGAGAGAAGUAUAUAAUUAGCAUCUCCUUAGGGAGGUGGAAAGGAAAGAUAGUUCACAUCCAGCUCCGAACUUUGGAAUCCGAGUCUGUUGUACCUUGGCUUAGAUGCUGACACAAAUCUGGCUAUGAAUGUGGCCGCUGAUUCUGACCUAACUGAAUGAAUUUAUUAAUACGAUCACAGACCAGCAUCAGCACGCACAAUAUCACAAAUCAUAAAACAUAUCAAAAAUACACAGGACAGUAUGAAUAUAACAAGGAUUUGAAUAUAAAAAUUAAAAUUGUUAGCGUACCCCCUGUAGUUAGCAUUUGUAUCAUUUGUAUCAAAAAUACAAAGGACAGUAUGAAUAUAACAAGGAUUUGAAUAUAAAAAUUAAAAUUAAUUGUUAGCGUACCCCCUGUAGUUAGCAUUUAGGGGUUUGAUCAUUAUGGGAAUACCACUUGCUUCCUGCGAUUGAUUGCAGGCACACAGAAUUUGGCUACAUUUAAAGUAGUCUUGGGGUUCUUGUCCUCUAGGAGUAGUUUUAAACUAUGGUGUUCAGAUUCUUUCAUGGACUUUUGCAAAACAUUCUGACCUAACUGUGAUUCCCUUUUUAAAAACUGGGGUGCUGAUGAGGCAGGUCUCACGGGACCUUACUGUAUUUUUCCUUUUUUGGGGGGGGAGGGGGAGAAUAAGGGUGAGUUAGGAGUCAAAGAGAGCUGAUAAUCCCAAGGCGCCCUUCUUGACUCUUCCUAAGAAUUCAGUUGUGGGCAAAGUAGAUAAUCCGUGAAAAUUGUGUUCUAAUAUAUUUUGGAGAAUGUAAUGCAGACCUGCUAACCAAAGUGUGUCAGGUGGUUGAUGAUGAGGGAUGGGGAGAAAUUUGAUUCAUUGCCCAGCUAGCAGGACCAGUGGUUAGGGAUAAUGGUGGUCCAAUAACAGCUGGUUUGAGAAAACAUUGCUGUAGCCCCUACAGAACAAUAAAAAAUUGUUUGUGGAGAGACAAUAAACAAAUCUCUCCACAAUAAUCAACUUGCAAUAGCAGAAUGUUAUCAAUCUUAUAUUUAUGCGUCCAAACAUCUUUUGUCAUGGGUGACCAAGUUGUGGGAUAAGUUUAGAACUUGACUAAGAUCCUGAGCAGACUUGCUUACUAGGGAAUAAGCCCACUUGAGCACAAUGGGACUUUACUUCUGUGUAGACAUGCACAGGAUUGCUCUGUCAAAGUAGUUUCUACCUAUCUAAGUUGUUUACCUUCUGCAGACUCAGAGGCCUGGAUGAGAGCAGGUGUUGACUGUAGCCUGGAGGAGAGCAGGUGUUUGAGGUCAGAUUUGAAAUUUCCAAGAAAAAAGAGGAACCCUUAAGAAGCACCUCCUUCCUAAUGUGAAAAUCACAAACCCCAAACAGUUUAGUGAUGACUCUGCAUUUGCUGAGAAGCCUGAAAUGUUUAGUUCCUAGACGUUUUUGGCUCCUGCCAAGGAGUCACGCAGGGACCUUGUGCUGUCUGACGCUUCCUUCUUAGUUGGUCGUUUUGCUGACUUUCUCUGACUUAAGCAAAUGUGUAACCGCAAAGAUGCGAAUGCAGGGAGACCAUUUAAGUGAUGUAAGAUUUGAAACGGGAGCCAGCAGGGCUUAGAGACCAUGUUUCUCUCUUAAGUCAGCCUCCCUUCUCCCUCCUCUUAAACCCCUCUGUAAAAGUUGUUGUCUGCUUUGAAAAAUCAGAGUAUAGACCAGUGGGAUCACCAACAAAAUGCAUUAGUGUAGAAUGCUCCUGUUUUACAUUCCAGCCAGCUCUAUCCUUUUCUAGGAUAUUUCAUUCUAUUCUGCCUCCUCCCUGGUUUUCCAUCUCCCCACCCCAAGAGUCAACCAGCGUACCAUGCCCACUGGGCAUGUUCCCUUUCUAUUUUCCAAGAAGCAAGAGACAGGAUGAAGGUAUCAAGGACACCUUCCAGCCAGGCAAAACCCCUCAAGGUAUGAUUUUUUUCCUAUGCAAAUGAUGGCAGUUUGCAUCGGGAACUUUUUCUAAUGUCCCAGAGGGUGAACUAAUUUAGCAUGUUUAUUUUAUUUGUAUUUAGUGAACAAAAGUAGAAAUGUCGAAACUGCCACGCUCUCCAAAUAUUGCAUUGGCCAAAUAUUGCAUUUGUUCACUAAAUACAAAUAAAAUAAACAUGCUAAAUUGGCCAGUUAGCAUACCGGUAGCACUCUCAGAAUUUCCACUUUUUUUUAAAAAAAAAAAUCCCCACGUUUCUAGUCCUUAAGACAGUGAAUGUAUCUUGAAAAUGUGUGUAUGAUGUCAAAUGAAUCUGAGCAGGUUUACUGUAGGGGACUUUGUCGCCCUACCGUAAUACUUUUGCCCCUUGGGGGGGGCUAUGGGAAAUAAUGCGGAAUGAAAUUGUGAAAGAUGAAAUGAAUGUGUACAUUAAUGAUUGAUUCCCCCUCCCCCCCCUUUUUAAACCUUCCGCGAUAAAUGUUUUCUAUACAAAAUACUGCCAGGUUAAAAAAACGGCAAGAGCUUGGUAGAUACCGAUUCCUCUGUUAUGUUAUAGUGAAAGGGGGAUUCCCUCCCUCAGUGCCUGAGCAGCUAGCUCUGUUUGCCCUCUGCUGGAAGGAUGGCAGAUCUACCAUAUUUUUUGCUCCAUAGAACACACCUAGUUUUUUAGAGGAGGAAAACUCUGGUUUUGUGCCUGCUCUGGCUCUGGUUGGGCUUGGGCUUUUGGCAGGGCUCUGGCUCUCAUUUGCUCCAUAGGACUCACAGACUUUCCCCCUUCCUUUUUGGGAGAGAAAAAGUGCGUCUUAUGGAGCGAAAAAUACGGUAUCUGCAACCUUUUCAGUUCAAAAAGAAAAAGAAGAAGAUGCCUGUGGUGUAUGAAAUUUGGACUGGAGUGGGAAAAGUGCAAGAGAGAAUUUUCUCCUCCUCUCAUAAUUUUUCCAGUUUGGUGACUUUACCAGAGAACUCGAUUCGCAAUAGGUUAUAUACCCCCAAUGUUUCACAUACUCAAAACAGGGAGACAACAUAAUUCCCUCUUGUUUCCGAGGUUGAGGCUGUGAGUGCUGUUGCUUGUAUCUCUAAAAUGGCAUUACCCGCUCGCAAGAGAGAAGCAUCAGUUAUGUAGGGAUAGGAAACACUGAUGGCUUCCAAGUAUUUUGGGGCCACAGCUCUCCUGGGCCCCAGCCGGCAUGGCCAGGGAUGAAGAUGGGAAUUGUGGUCCAUCAACAUCUGGAGAGCCUUGCAAGAAAACAGUGUGGUAGGCUUGGAUCCCUAAUUGUUUGCCUUUUCUCUCCUCCCCUUCCAGAAUAUCCAGAGUGACUCUCCAAGACCAGAGGUGGCGAGGGCAGUGUAAUGGCUGAGAAGCGACGCUUGGAGCCAGUCGGGGCAGUGAGUUACAGCAAGCACCCUCGGCUGGAGGUGGAGGCAGGCCACGUUCUCUCGUCAGGUUUGUGCAGGUCGAGCACCCUGCCUGGCUACAGCUCGGAAAACCAUUACAGCUACAAGGGGUCCUACUUUGCCUACCCGCUGCAAUGCCACGAAGGGCCCAAGUCUUUAUCUCCCUGGACUCCCACCGAGACCUACGCCCAUUGCACGGGUGCCGUGGUCAGCCACCCCCCGAGGACAGACAAAGCCCUGUGCAUGCUGUACAGACCGGAAGCAGAAGGUUUUGGGGCACGGGGGCAAAUUUCUGGGCACGAGAAGGCUGGCAGCAAGUGCAUGGCUGCUCAGGAGAAGCCGGCCAACUACAUGGGCCAUACAGGACUCGUUCAGCAGGGCUGGGUGCACGGCUACCCGGCACAGCAUUCUCCUCGAACGGCGGCAGGUUUCUCGACUCUGGCAGUGCCCAAACCAGUGUACCGGAACCACAGUUACUGUGCUGAGACUGGCUACGGCCCGAAAGCCUCCCUAGCCUUGGGGAUGCAGGUGGAGAGCAUGUCCAAGCAGCCAGCGGGAGCAGAAUGGGCUCUGCCACCGUCUGGACACCUGGUUCACAUGGAGAGGCCCGGUUGCGGCACGGCCGUGCCCCCCAAACCGGUGGUUUCCGAAUCGGGUUACCUGCCAUCCCACCAAGGGUCCAAAGACACUCCCAUGAGCCCUGUUGGCUUUUCACCGUUCCGCAAAGUGUUUGAGAAAUGCCAGGCCACGUACCACAGCCCGCCGAAUAUCCCUGAGGCUCGCGGCGGAAGUCCUCGCAAACAUGCGAGGUCAAAGCUACCUCCUGCUGCCAGCCCACUGGCCAAUCCCCAGAACCUGACGUAUCAAGAGAGGUCACCCGCAUGUUACCCGCUCACUUCCUACGCGCUGACUUCACACGAACAGAUGCUGUUGUACCACCAGAGCUAUGUGCAGGCAGAGAAAGCCAAUUCCCUCUUUUCUCUGCCAGCCUGCAAAGGCUUUGACUCUCCGGGCCGCGAGGAUCCCCAGCUUCUCCCAGGACCUUACUUAACACCACGGAGUUAUUACCCUAGUCACUUGGACAGCUAUAUCUACAGAUCACUUGCUCCUCCUCCUCCGGCAACCCCGCCGAGCCACCAGCCUUUUCGGGAACAUGAGCCACAACCAAACGCGAGGACCAAAGCAGACUUGGCGCACGAGGCUCCCAUCUCCAGCUGCACCCUGUCGGAAAAGGCUUCGUAUUGUGGCUCUUUCUCCAGCAGAGAUGGGCUUCCGGAUUGUCACGAGGGCGAUCACGUUGGCAAGCUAAGCAACGAGAACUUUCCAAGUCAAUGGGCAACUCCUGAACGCCAGCCUUCAGAGAUGCGCCACCCUGCGGACAGAUUGCCUGGCUUCCUUAGUGGGUUCCGGUCCAUGCAAGAGGCUGCCUGCAGGGCGGGUCUGAGCCACUCGGAGGAAGAGGCCAACGCUAAGGGAGAGGAACUCUGUGAUGCACCCAGAAGGUCCACUUUAACACCUGAAGCCAAGAAAAGGAACUUCUGGGCUUGCAAAGCUGAAUCAGGGAAGUGCAUAGUUAUUUCGGACAGUCCAGUUGCAUCCCAUGACUCAUGCCUUAAGGGAGAUUCCCUCCAAAACAUCCUUGGGGAUUCCGGUUCCUCAUUCCAAAGUAUGCUGCAGCCAUCAGAGGACAAAGGAAGGGGUGCUAAAAGACCCGAGGAGCCCCUCCCCUCUUCCUCCCCCCCUAUGCCGGUGAUCAACAACGUCUUUAGCUUGGCGCCUUACCAACGUUUCCUGGCUGAUUCUGAGUCGGUGGAUUCCGAGUCGCUCUCUAAAAGCUGUCAAACCCAGGAGACUUCUCUUGGUAACUCAGGCAAAUGCAUGGAAGUUCAGAGCCCACCCCGGCCAGACCCUGUACGGUCAGGGGAAGUGUCUGGGGCACUGCUGCCCGGAAGGAAAGAAACAGCUUGUGAUGUGAUGGCAAAAGUUGUUAAAAGGGAGGCAAGCAGCAACUCUGCAGGGGUCGCGAGAGGGAGUGAAGAUUAUGCUGGGACCUGGGAGAGCUGCCGGCACAAACGCUUGCCUCCCAGUGGGCCUGCGCCCAGUCAUCAGGCUCCACCAGCUUGUAUAAAUGGCAGUGCUGGGCCCAGAGAAGACCACGCCCUAGAUCUCAGCUUUAAAACAGAAGGCUUGGCAGAAGGGCCCGGUCUUCAGAGGUCACCUGGGAAGAUGGAGGCUGUUGAAAGGGAAAGUUCCGAGAGCAAAGGGAAGGAGGCGAGCGAGACUUUGCCUAAGAGGCAGGAGAUUGUGCAGGAGGCUAAUGUGCAAACGGCGGAGUUGGCUGGGAAAAGCGGCCCUGCGGGAAAGAGCAGUUUCCACAGCUCUUCGGCAUUCUUGUACAAAAAAUUCAAAAUCCAAAAAUCGCAUGCAGCUGGGCGAGGUUGCGCAGUGCAACAAGACUCUUCCUCCUUGCAGCUGAGCUCCCAUGUGUUUGUUAAGGCCAGGGAUGUCUCUCUGCGAGAAGGCUCUGGACAAGCAACAGAUCUGCAGGGCAAGCCACCAGUUCAACAAAGCCUCCCGCAAGCAGCGACUCAGCAAAACACGCCUCCGGUUCAGCAAAGCCUCCCGCAAGCAGUGACUCGGCAAAACACACCUCCGGUUCAGCAAAGCCUCCCGCAAGCAGCGACUCAGCAAAACACGCCUCCAGUUCAGCAAAGCCUCCAGCAAGGGGUGACCCAGCCCAAAACUCAACUCAUGCCACGGAAUUGCUUCAGCGUUAAGCUGCUAGGUGCUUCAAAAGCCCCGCCUCCUAGCGCACCUGCAGCAUCUCCUGCCCUGGGAGAGACCCAUGCCUUGCUUUCCACCAGCAGCGAAUUGCCCAGGCAGCAUUUCACUGCCUUGCAUACUUCGAUCUGCGCCAUCAUUUCCUGCUCUGUGUCUACCUCCGCUCCAGAGCUCCUCAAGGAGUGGCUGGAGAAGACCAAGUCCAAAGGGGAUCGCCAAGAGAAGGCAGCAGGGUUGGCGAAGCACAAGAACGGCUCAAAGUUUUCUGAAGCUCCGAUGCCAUCCAAGGGCAAGGAGAUCUGGCUGGCUUUCAAGGACAUGGCGCUGUUCCUUAACAAACUGCUGUCUCAGCUAGAGGCGAUCCUGUUUACUCGCAAGUGCCCCUUUCCUCACGUGAUCCGAGCAGGCACUAUCUUCAUCCCCAUCCACGUGGUGAAGGAGACCCUCUUCCCCAACCUGUCCAGCUCCUCUGUCGACCACGUGCUGCAGGACCACAGGGUGGAGCUGCGUCCCACAACCUUAUCCGAGGAGAGGCUGCUGAGGGACCUGGAGCUAAAGAGCUGCACCUCCCGGAUGCUGAAGCUGCUGGCCUUGAAACAGCUGCCCGAUAUCUACCCAGAUCUCCUGAACCUCCACUGGCACGACUGCGUCAAACAACAGCUUGGUGAUCUUGCAGAGGAGAGCCCAAAGAUCAACACUGGAGCUUUAUCACCAGACGGCUUGAAGUCAACAGAUGCAACCAGAUGUUUACAGGGUAUGUCAGCCCAGUCUCUCACCCAACACUUCGCAAGGAAGCAUAAGCAAGGCAAAAAAUAUAGAUUGGCUUCUUGCUUGUCCUCCAAGACCCGCCGAAAAAUAGAUGAUGAUAUGUCUCAGGGAGCCUCCUUACCUUCUAUCCGAAGGGAUGCUGCAUUAAAGGGAGCAAAGUUGCAGCCUGAGAAAGACUCUACCUCUGUGGCCUUGAGGACCAAAGGACUGCCUCUUCACUCUAAGGCCGCGGAGCGGCUUUUGCCAGCCCUUAAACUGCCCGGGGCUCUUAAAGUGAAGCUGGCCGAUUCGGAUGCCAGGAAAACAGCCAGUACCUCAAAGGGUCUCCAUCACCGCCAGAAAUCUAUGGUCCGCAUCAAAUUCCAGAACGCCCUUCGAGAUAUUCAGGGGCCACCGGCCCACACAGCUGCAGGGAAGAAGAGGGGGAAGCCAUCUUCACUGCUCCUGAAGAGGUUCAGGCGCCGGGCAGCGGGCGGUACAAGGGCCUCCCCUUUGCCCCCUCAGUAUCCGGAACUGGUUGGCAAGCGGAUCAGGCACUUGUACGAGGAGAAGGACAAGACGGAAGCAUGGUACCCAGGAGUGGUGCUGCGGAUUCACAAACGCCACAAGAACCCUCUGAAGACAGUUUACGAGGUGCGAUACGACAGUGAGCCAGAGUGGCAAUAUUACCUCGAGAUUUUGCAGGACUAUAAGAAAGGCUGGUUGGAGGUGGAUGAGUGAGUGAGCGAGCGUGUGUGUGUGUGUUUGGUGUGGGUGGGGAGAAUGAGAUAAUGUCAAAUUGGGUCAUCCUGCUGGCAGACUGGAACCCCAUUAGCAAGGUGCCUGAAAGCAUAGCUAUGUUCCAUGGACCUGGGUGUCUCCCAGGUCCUAAUCUCCAUGCAUUUAGGGAGAGGCUGAGAAGGACUCUCUCCAGGUGUUCCUCUGGUGGCGUGGAGCCCGCCAAAUGUCACAGGGCUCCACGUGUCUUCAGGAAACCUUGGCACAUUGUGGUAGUUUGUGGUGGCAGCCAUGCCAAAGGAGGAGCAUGGGAACAGGACCUAGAGUUCUCAAGACGGCUUCUGUGCUCUUCCUCCCGGCCCCAAAGCACACUGUGCUUGCUGCUGAAUGAGGCAGCUGGCUACUGGUCUUUUAAUACUCCUCCGUUCAGGGUUGAGGUCCAGGUUUGAGGAAGCCCCUUGGUCUGUUUGCCGCUGGUGGGCCUCCUCUUCUGUUGGUGGUUUAGCUAGCAGGUUUAGCUAGCUGCGGUGACAGCUGUCGCCCUCUAAAUUUCCCACAGUGCUCCAGAGUGACAGCAGGUCAGGGGCAUUGUGGGAAAGGAAAAGCUGCCUGGCACUGCUCAGAGGGCCAGCGAGAAAAAAGGAGGUGUGGAUCCCUUGCAAAACACAAGACUUCCACGUAUUCUGAAAUGGUCCAGACACAAUUCUUAAGCAAUGGCCAGUUUGGGUGCUGGAGAGAAAAGAUUUUGCUUGGCAGUUUUUGAGUUCAUUCUCCUUCCUGCUGUCUCCACACCCAUGACAAAAAGCGUGACUCCAGCAUUACUGGUCCAGGGGCAUAAGAGGGCCACGAACUUCAACUGUGACCACUGGCCCUAUUUGCUCACCCUGGUGAACAAUAGCAAAUGGUUCGUUGUGAACACAUUGAUUUUAGCUGCUUUGCUACUCGUUGCUGUCGCAAGGAGAGAAGCAACCCAUGGUCCCUGGAACAGCAUUCUGGCUUGCUGCCAACUAAGUCAGAAUAGAUCCAUUGAUAUUAAUCGACUUAAGCCUGUUGUGUCCAAUCAUUUCAGCGGGUUGGCUUUGAAUUGGACUAGCACUGCAUCCAAGCCUAUGUCCAGGUCAAGAACCAUGGUUUGUUUUGUUCAAAAACCAACCAACCACGGUCAGCACCUGAGGUUUGUUCAUGGCUUACCUCUCGGGGGUUUCCUUGGGUGGAAAAAAAGACCCCUAUUCCGUAGUUUGAGACAUAAUGCUACGCCCAGAGUCAUCAGUUUCUUUCUCCCAAUGGGGUGGAAGAAAGCAGCCCAGAUCAUCACGUUUGCAGUAAAAGCCAUUCACCUUGGUUUGCCACGAAGUGUGGAUUGGGCCUGCAGUUUGGUUGAUUUGCUUGUUGAGGCAGCAGGCAAGACUGGCGGGUGGGUGGAAGAGAGGAACGGAUCCUUGCAGCAUGGAGGCAGGAGCUGUUGCUGUACUAGCAGCUUCUUCUUCUUCCUGCUUUCUUGAGGCCUCCAAAAAGAGAUGAGCAGCACCUUUCGGGAGUCCUGCCUCCCCCAUUGGCAUUGCAGAAAGGGCUGCAUUUAAUGGGUUUCCUUUUCCUGUAGAGGAAUUUCACUUAUGGGAGAUGCCACGCUACCUACCCGACUCUGGUUCUUUUUAUUUUUUGGAUGCCUUUCUUGCCAAAUUCACUUGCUUAAACCAUGCAGGUGAGGUGGAAGCCCUGUUUUCUGAGUUACAGCUUUUCGGAUUCAGCAUGGCUGAACACGCCUUCAUACAUCCAUAUAUGGAUACAAAGGUAUCACCGCACAUAGAAAGCUAGCACACCAUGGUUCUGUUUCCCCCUGAUGUGCUACUUUUCUAAGUGUGGCAGGUUUUUUCUUUUCUUUUUGAGGCCGGAGAUUUGUGAAGCAUUCAGUCUUGGUAGUCUCCACCCAUCACCGUCAGAAGAGAAUCAGCCUAGAAAUAACUUUACCAUUUCACCUGCUUUCUGUGAUAACAACGACCCAUGCUUAAUUCUAAUGGGGACCACCUGAUACAUUUUUUCUUAAAAAAGGACAGUUUCCCUCCUGUGUGUGUAUUUUAAAAAAGAGAGGACAGGUUUGAAAAGUCCUGGUUUCUCCAUAAUGUCAGUAGGGACUUGGCUCCUGGACUUAAAUGUCUGGGUUUUUUUGUGGCAUAAACUACCACAUUUUGGAAAUGUGACAGCUUGGCCUUUAUAAGGAGUUGCUGCUGCCUUCAGAUCUUUUUUUUAA